AUGGUUCCCGUCUCCGAGGUUUGGUAUCCGCCCCUGAUCAUUGGCAACCCAGAUACCACCUCAACAGCUAUUAAAGUUGAGGACAGGAGCUAUGUUUGGCUUGGGGCAGACGGCACAAUCAUGUUUUACCCUUCCGGUGUAUAUUCAGUCAAUAGCCCAUUGGAUUCGAAAUAUUACCCCUUUGAUAAACAGACUUUCAACAUUCAAUUUGUUCUCAAUGGCUUCACGAACACACAAGUGAACCUAAUAGAAGGAAAAACGAAUAUUGUAUCGUCAUUCGAAGGAAAUGGUGAAUGGUCCCUGUUAAAUUCGACCAGGAAUGUAACAGUAUUGAACCAAUAUACACCAGUUGCUCAGUUCACUGUCAUCUUAGAGAGAAAGUCGACGUUUAUGGUUGUUAAUAUCAUUCUACCAAUAGUGUUUCUGGCUGUAAUAAACCUGCUAGUAUUUGUACUGCCGCCCGAUGCCGGGGAACGGGUGUCAUUCUCCGUGACUCUACUCCUGUCGUUGGCUGUUUUUAUGACAUUGGUUGGAGAUAACCUGCCGAAAACGUCCGACCCACUCCCCGUGCUUAGCUAUUACCUGCUAGCAACCCUGACCCUCAGCACGCUUAUGUGUGUUAUGGCCAUGCUGAAUCUUUCAAUCUACCAUAAAAAUGAGCAGUCUCGACCACCAAAGUGCAUUGCUGUUGUAGCUGCUGCCGUCCUUUGCCGAAAUACAUUUCACAAGUCUCAGAAAGUUAAAGACAUUGCCGAAACCGACACCAACCCGACGAUGGAGAAACAAGGUGAAACAAUGAAGGUGGCAUUCGAAGACAAGGAAGUAACGCUCAGCUGGAAGGAUGAAAUCAACGAGCUUACUGGGAAGGUAUCGGUAACUGGCACAUUGGAACUAAUAUGGAAAGACGAGGAGCUUGUCUGGGACCCGGCUGAUUUCAACUACAUUUAUUCAAUGAUGGUUCCCGUCUCCGAGGUUUGGUAUCCGCCCCUGAUCAUUGGCAACCCAGAUACCACCGCAACAGCUUUUAAAGUUGAGGACAGGAGCUGUGUUCGGCUUUCGCAAGACGGCACAAUCUCGUUCUAUCCUUCCGGCGUAUAUUCGGUCAAUAGUCCGCUGGAUUCGAAAUAUUACCCCUUUGAUAAGCAGACGUUCGGCAUUCAAUUUCUUGUCCCAGGUUUCAUAAACACAGAAGUAAACCUCAUUGAAGGAAGUAUAACGUAUAUUGCAUCGUCGUUCGAAGGAGACGGCGGAUGGUCCGUGUUAAAUAUGACAAGAGCGGUGUCACAAGUCAAUCAAUAUACACCAGUAGCUACAUUCACUGUCAGCUUAGAGAGAAAGUCGACGUUUAUGGUUGUAAACAUCAUUCUGCCAAUAGUGUUUCUGGCUAUAAAUAACCUGCUAGUGUUUGUACUGCCGCCCGAUGCCGGGGAACGGGUAUCAUACUCCGUGACUCUACUCCUGUCGUUAGCAGUGUUUAUGACAUUGCUUGGAGAUAACCUGCCGAAAACGUCAGACCCGCUCCCCGUGCAUAGCUAUUAUCUGCUAGCAACCCUGACCCUCAGCACGCCUAUGUGUGUUAUGGCCAUCCUGAAUCUUACAAUCUAUCAUAAAAAUGAGCAAUCUCGACCACCAAAGUGCAUUUCAGUCGUAGCUGGUGCAGUACUUUGCCGAAAUACAUUUCUCAAGUCUCAGAAAGUAAAAGAUAUCGCCGAAGAAGCGGAUACGUUUGCAUUCGAACACAACAAAGAAGUAACGCUCAGCUGGAAGGAUGUUAGUUACGCUGUUGAUAUCCUGUGCUUAGUGGCAUUUAUUAUUGUUAUGUUUGUUAUCAAUAUCUACUACCUUGUACAGUUAACAUCACAAUAG